CCAAUAAGGAAAUGAUAAGAGCCCGUUUCUUUUCUUUUUAUCUAUAUCUAUAUUGUCCUCCCUUGUCUGCGUUUUUUUUCCUUCUUGUUUUAUUUUCCCUUCCUUUUCUAACACGAAAUGGCCCAGCGAUCCUAUCGCCCGCAGCCACCGUAAACACAACAUCAGUAAUCCCUUCCUUUAUUUCCCUCUGGUAACAGGGUGCAGAGAGGUGUCUACCGAUUGGGAUUGAUUACAGCAGCUAUCAAAAGUCUCUUUUGUAAGAUCUGGAUCCUAAAUCCCAUAAUUCUUUGAUAAAAGAAGCAUUACCGGUCCAUUUUCUGAAGUGAAAGGUGCAGGAGAAAUGGAAAAAAAAGCAAUCAGCGGAGGCACUAAUAGGCCGCGUGCAUGCAGUGGGAGGCAGGGACGGGCAGGGAGCGGGGACAGGCCCUUUGUGAAGGAUGGGGAAUGGGGAUUAGUCCUCUUCAGCUGUAGGAUUAGUACAGCUGAGAGCAGAACAGUUCGGAUCCAGGGAACAGGACCUGGCACCACGCUGUCCCCAUGCCAGGGCUGGGAGCUGGGGGUGGGCAGCAAGUCUUGAAAUGGUUAUAAUUUAUGUUACAAACUCAACAGCCAAAAGAGAAGCGAGAUAGAGAGAAGGAAGAGAAAAUACUGAUAUUUGAUGUGCACCAGUUUCAUAGCUCUCACUCAGGUGUGGCUGGCACCACAUCUGCCGGCACGCACCGAGCAGCAUCGUUCCCCAGGUGGGUUCCUGGCACCUCGCUGCCAACCUUGGCUUGCACACAGCUCUGAGGCCAAGAGAACUCGGGUUUAAGCAACCUGAGCUCAGCGCUCUCCUGCAAGACUAUGUCCCCAGGCUGCUCAUCUGGCCAGGCUCAGUGCGAGCACCCAUCCCUUCCCGUGGUGAUUCCCAGACAGUGCUCACUCCUGGAUACCAUGUCCCCUCCAAACUGCGAGCAGGACACAUCCAACCUGCCUCCCCAUGGGCGGCUGUGCGAGAAGUGCUUGCAUGCCACCGAGAUGUGCCACCGAACUGUGCCACCAGGCUGGGCCACCAACAAGCUGUGAGCAGCCAUAAUCUAAUUUAUUAAGGGAUUUGAAUCCUUACCAAGAGCGUGCUAGAUGCAAAGCAUCUGUAUUACUGUUCUGAUUAUGGCAGUGGAGGUAGGGGAAAGAAGAAGAAGGGAAAAUACAAUUUCUCUGCUUUCAGCAGAAAAUAAAUCAACUUUUGCUGAGAGUUCUGGUGCAGCCAAAGGCUAUGCUCUCAUUAAAAAUGGCUUUUUAUUAAGCUGAGCUCUCUUCUCUCUCAUAUUGUAUGAUAUGACAGCUCUCUUUUGAUGGGAAAGCUUUCAUUUGGCCAGAGAAAGGGAUAAUUUGCUUCUUGUAAGGAGUUAAUCCUCCAGUCCAUUUCUGUGCUGGGGAUGGCUGUCCUCCCCCUGCCCUGCACUGGAGGCUCCAGCACAAUGGAGAUCAUAACCACCUCAAAUCUACACCUGAGAUGGAGAAAUCAGAUUUCCUUCUUGAGUCAUUUUUGUGGGAUUAGCUAAAUCUUAGAUCCACACUAACCCUUCACAAAGCCGCCAAGAUUAGUUAGAAUUUAUUUUAUUCACAAGGGGGUUUAUGGUUUUCUUUCCAAAGGGAUUAUAUCUCUCUCUCUAUAUAUAUAGGGUGGCUUCAGGCAUAAAGCAGCCAGGUUAGAGGGAGAAAAAGUGUGUGUGUGUGUAUAAAAUAAAAACUCUGCUGCCAGAAUGAUGAUCACUUGAAACUCCAGGACAACACAUGGAUUCUGGGCAGCACCACAGCUCUACUUUCAGGGCUCCAUAGCGCUGCAAGACACUGCAGAGAGCAGACCCUGCUCAGCGUGAACUUCCACUGCCACUGCCCCAGCUGAGGAUGUCUGCAGAGCCCACGCCGGAUGCCAGCUCGGGCAGGAGAGCUGUGCAGUGUUCGUUCAGCAUUGAGAACAUCCUUUCCAGCCCGGCAGAGAGGAGCCCCCAGGUCCUGGUCCCACUCUGCCUCCGGGGCAUCCUGGACUGUGCGCCCAAGGGGCUGUGUGAGCUGGAGAGCAUCGCCCUGCAGGAGGGGGAGGAAGAGGAGGAGGAAGAGCUGGAAGGUGUGGCUUGUAGCUGCUGCUGCUGCUCCCACACGGGUGCACGGCCCCUGCAGGACCCUCCAGGUUGGCUGGGUGAGUGAUCAGGGCCCUGCGCGGUGCAGUUUUUGUGCUGGGUGACAGUGUGACAUCCGACCUGCCAUAGCACUGGGGUGCUUUUCUGUGAGCUCAGCUCUGGUGAGGAGCUGCUGGGUCUUCUGUUAGGAGGGCUUCUGAGAGCUGGCACCUUCACCAGGGUUUUAAAUCAGCAGGUGCUCAUUGUUAUCAAGCACUGCUGGUAAAGCACGCAGAGAGGCUGUUCCUUAUAAGGUGGGAGUUCUGCAGAGAGUAUGGGCCCCAUGGUCAUCCUGACAGUGCUUCUUUGCACCAGUCACCCUUGGAAACCUCAUUUGUCCUUUCAGGGAAAGGUGGGGUUUUUUGGCUGCAUGUAGCAAAAUGGCUGCAUUUAGCAAAAGAAAAGAAAAACAGAAAACCUUAAUUUGUGGUUCAAGAGCAUCCUGAAAGCUCAGGAAUACUCCAUGUUAUGAUGGAAAAACAACUCCUAUCCAUGCUGUAAGUUUUCAAGUCAUUUUCUGGAGCUGUCCACAGCGUCACUGGUAAGUGAGCAAGGAAAACAACGCUAGUGUUCCCCACCCAUAAGCUUCUUCCCAGGUGGCACCCUGAGCCUUUCUCUCGCUUGCACUGUGAUUAUGCAGCUUUUACCCAAUGCCAGCUGCACUCCAUCCACAACAGUGCAGAUGCAGACAGCGCUCGAUGCUGCUGUAUCCUCCUGUCCCCGUGCUGCUGACUGCCACUCUCCUUGCAGACACCAGGUUCCCGUGGCCCAUGCGACUGCUCCACUCGGCAGUCAGAGGCUGCAAGAGCCCCCAGGGCAGUCCCAGCGAGCUGCAGGCCUUCCAGCAGAUCCAGCGCCGGACGCGCCGCCAUCGCACCAUAUUCACCGAGGACCAACUGCAGGCCCUGGAAACACUUUUCCACCAGAACCAAUACCCGGACGUCAUCACCAGGGAGCACCUGGCCAACCGCAUCCACCUGAAGGAGGAGAGAGUGGAGGUCUGGUUUAAGAACCGCCGAGCCAAGUGGCGGCAUCAGAAGAGGGCAUCUGCCUCAGCGCUGGUCCUUCAGGGCAGCGCAGAGCCGCCGAAGGAGAGCUGCUGACGGCCCUGCAGGACGGGAGCAGCGGGACUGGGGCCUCUGUGGUUCGGAGAGCGGGAUGGGUGAAUGCAGGCAUGGCUCCUCCAAAACUCAACUCCGCUGCUGAGCCCUGUUCACUCGUCCCUCGGAUGCUGGUGUGGACACAAUGCUGAAAGGCAGUGUGGGGACAGUGCCUGUGCUAUGCAUGUGACUUAUGGCCGGGCUGCCCCGGGCGGGUGGUGCUUGUGCUUGUGUUACCUCUGCUUUGUGAGCACCCUGCCAAUGAAGGCUGCUCUCAGCUCUCUACGGCUUCGAGCAUCACUUUGGGAC